AUGUCUUCAGAAUCUUUUUUAUACAGUUUACCUACUUUGGAAGAUAUAUUGAAUAGAAAGACUUUGCCGCCAGUUUGCUUGUAUAAUUUCUACAUUGUGAUGAGGGACAAAUUUGAAUUGGAUGAUUUAUUAGACUUUUAUCUCGAUGUGAAGCAUCAUGAAGUAUUAUGGCGUCGAUAUGCAAAGUCUUUAUUGAAAGAACAAGCAGCAGUGCCGCAAAUGGCAGAUCAAACUCUAAAAAGACAAAAGAAAAAUAAUGCAAUCAUUCCCGUUGGUAUGCUAAAGAGCACGAGUCAUUUUAGCAACCAUCAUCAUCCAGAGCAACAAUAUCCUUUCACAAAUGAAAUGGAGCGCUCUGCUUCAGCAUCAACAUCCGAAUUAAGCAGCUUACUGAGCGACAGCGGCACUACUUAUUACUCGCUGAAAAAUAGUGAAGCCGAUCAGAGAUUGAGUGAAGGACUGCAGUACACCAAACCAUCCCUAUUAUUUACAGAACAACAACAAUAUAACGAAGAUGAUCAACCUAUCACUAAAUACCUUGAUAUUACAGCUUGUGUAAGCGACGAUAUUUCCUUUAUAAAUACCCCCUUAGCGACUCAGCAGCAACAGCGACUAUACCAUCACCAGCAAAAUAUGAAUCAGAUAUCGCAACCUAUGAUAAACUCCAUUGAAAAUAAUCGUGGAUCUGUUUUUCAGCAUUUUUUACCAAACAACAGCAGUAUGACGACCAUGAAAAGAUUCGCUGACGAUGACAAUGUUAUUUCGACAAAUAAAAACUAUCGCCACCAAGCAACUUUAUUAGAACAAUUAUCCGCUUCCACUGAGCGCAUAGUACUUACUUAUUUCUUGAAUGGGAGCGAGAAGAAUUUAAACGAUAUUCUUCCUACCUACAUCCGAGCAAAUGUUAUUGAGCGAUAUGUUCAUCCGAACGGUAAAAUACGAAUUGAUCCUAUGUUGUUUGCUGAUGCAAAAUACGCCGCCUUUUUGUAUAUGGAAAGAUGGGCAUACCCUUCAUUUAUGCGAUUGAAAGUCUGGGGAAACAUCACUGAUAGGCAGCGAUAUUACCGCCUAGUGUUUGGCAUCAUUUGUCUUACAAUAGGCUUAUCAAUGUCGUUUAGCUUCAUUUUUCUGGGAUACUCUCCAUGGGGAAAGCGUUUCUGGAUACUUUUACCGUUUCUGUUUGCUAUUUACCAAUUACUUGUAUUUAUAACACGACUGGAUCCUCUUUUGGCCAUCGUAUUCAAUCUUAGCGAGACAACAGUAUUUCAUUUCAAUAAAAUAUCACAGCCACAGGUCAAAAGUAUUUUACAUGCAAGAGCAAUCUGGUUACUGCUUUUUAGCAGCGUCAUAUCUGUGGUGCUUACUAUCAUCUUUUGCGCUAUACCACCUCAACGACUAUAA